AUGGGGAACGCGGAUAGCAAAACUCGUGGAGACUUCCAGCUCUUCAACCUCCUCCAAAUUGCAAACAAGGGAGAUGCCGAUGAUAACACCGAAGACGGGACCCAGGCAACCCAACACCCUCGGCGUCUUCGGGCGUUCCUCGAGGCCAAUUUAACUGCGCAGGAACUCGAAGCGGGUCUAGGGUCGCGAGAAGAAAUUCUCCACACAGCUCGCCAGUAUCCCGACGCAGUUGCGAAGCUCCUCACCCAGCUUGUCGACGUCUGCACGGCGACUGCCGACGCAGUGUCGCAACAGCCCGCGACGUUGCGCGACUCCAGCACUUUGUUGACGACUGUGCGUCUUCUCUCUCGGAUGGUCCCCGUUCUCCUCGAAGAUCCUUCCCUGGAGCAGCGAAUCUUCUGGUUCGCGCACUUUACGCCGCUGUCGCCCGGAGGGAACUCCGACACGCGCUCGCGCUGUCCGUCGCCGGCAGGGGACACACAACUCACGGGAGAAGCGAUCGAGGCACCGAAAGAUGCGGCGCGAGCACCGUCUGACCUGGCUGCGCACGCAGAGAGGGAAGAAGACUCGGAAGGGGAGGACCGAGCCGCGGAAAAGCGCGAACAUGGCGAACGAGACGCAGAAGGCGAUCGAAAAGACGAGAGAAAAGAGACGGUCUCGCCCGCCUCCACAGCGUCCCAGACGAGCUCGACAGGCCUGCCAGUGCUGCUCGGAAACGAAAUUGUUAAUCUCCUUUUUCGUCUUCUGUUUCUCCGCGGAUUCACCGCCAUCGUGCCAGGCGCGCCGCUCUCUCAGGAGGCUCUUCGCGCCUUGCCGAAACACAAAGUAGACCUCCGCUUCCUCUGGAAAGGCGGCGUCGGCGCAGCUCCAGAUUUCGCAAUCCGACCCUCGGGAUGGAUUUCAAACAACCGAACGGAGGUGAUGAACUGCCUCACUGCAUGCUUCUCAGGCCCCCUAUAUAACGCUGUUGAUGAAUAUCAGCUUCGUGUACCGACCUGGAUUCGCGUCGCGACUGCUGGAAACGCCCCUUACACGGCAAAUCUCUUCUGCUCACUCCUCUCCGUCGUUUGCUCCACAGACACCACACACAGAGGUGUUUUCGGCAUCUUUGGCAACGCCGAAACGCAGGCGAUGGUUGCCGCGUCUCUACAGCUCCUGAUCGUCCUCCUCGACUUCAAUGUCGGGGUCUUUGUUCUCCCUGAGGGGACAGAAGAGACGGAGACCACGAAGGGGGAUAAGGUUGGCAGGAAAACCCCCCCUUCCCUGCGGAAUGUCUUCCGCAGCAUGCUUGCGGGAAUCCACCGCACGGACGAAUUCGAUUUUAUUUACGACGGCCUCACGCACCACUUGGGAAAUGCUGCGUAUCGGCCGCACUCGGCCGCGAUCUCCGAGAAACCGGACUUGUUUUGCGAACAACUUCUCAUCCUCACGUGGCAUCUCUUCACACUGAAUGGGAAUUUUCUUCGCCACGUGUGUUCGCGGCGCGGCGCCGAUGCUCUCCUUCGGCCGCUCGUCGCACUGCUCCUCGACGCAUCCUUUUUCAUUCACCGCCGCGCGGCUUCAGGGCCCGCCGCGGAUAGGGACACUCUGUCUCCUUCCACGAACGGAGACACCAACCGCGUGAAGGAGACAGGACUCACCACGGAGUCGGCGAUGCCUGCCAACCCGGCCGAAGCCGCGACGGCCCUCUCCCGCAUGGGAUUGCUGCACAUGUGCUCCUUCAUUCUCCUGGUCCUCUCAUCAGAAAGGGAUUUCGCUGUGAGGCUGAAUGAAGCCUUUGUCGGAAAGGCGCCUGCUGAUCUCCCGGUCUUCCAGGGGACCUACGCAGACUUCCUGUGUCUCGCUAUCCACCGAGUCGUCAUGGAUGCGACGGGGCCCCGUGGAAGUUCGGACAGCUUGGUGGACAUGCUGCUCACGGUGCUUUGCAACGUGAGCGCGUACGUGAAGGCGUUUUGUCUCGAAUCUUGUCUUCGACUGAUGGCCAUGAUGGAGCGACUGACGCGACGCUACUGGCUCUUCUCCGCCCCGCAGCACUACCACGACGUGUUUUUCCUGCUCGAUGUCUUCAACAACCUCAUUCAGUAUCAAUUCGAAGGGAACAGCCAGUUGGUGUACGCGAUUUUGCGUCAGAAGAAGAUUUUUUGUGACUUGGAAACCCUCACGUUGCCAGCGUCGAUGCGCAGUUCGCGUCGAGCCGGAACGAAAGAUGGCGAGGAGGCAGUGGCAGAGACUCCCGAAAGCGGAGACCGAUCGCGGGUCUCUAAGAUAGACUCGUGCGGAGGGAGCGAGAGAGACGAGGCAGACUGCUCGGAGCGGAACGGCGAGAAACCUGAGGGCGAAGACGCAGGGGGAAGAGACGAGGGUGCCGGCGAGGCGCGAGAAGACGAAAGCUUGGCCGGCGAAGACGACCGCUGGGAACCCACGGAAGAGUGGCUAGAAGAGUGGAAGCAAAAACUCCCUCUCCAGACGAUCCUGCGCUUAAUUCAGUGUCUCCUACCCCAGGUUGAAGAGGAAUGCGCACGACGAGAAGUCACGGAUCAGCAGGACAUCCUCGCGUUUUUGGAGAAGACAACGAUGGUCGGGCUGUUGCCCGUGCCCCAUCCCAUCAUCAUCCGCAAUUAUCAGCCGAAUGCGUACACGGCUCUCUGGUUCACUUCCUUCAUGUGGGGCGUUCUCCUGGUGUCUUCGCCGGCACUGAGCAAUGUCACGCGAUCUCGCAUUCGUCUGAUUGUCAUGAAUCCGUAA